AUGUCGACUGUGAAAGGAUCAUCAGACAUCGUCAAGUCUGAUCCCCAUCUCGACCGACUGGGAAGGGCUCGACCGGAGUCUCUGCCUGGACAAUGGUCGGAGCUGGGUUUUUGCUUUGCUGUUGCCCUAUCGCAGAUCUUAGCAGAGUUCUACGUGACCGGAUCAAGUGUCUUGCUUCCUACACUCAUCAAAGAGUUGGAAAUACCGGCUUCGUCAACAAUUUGGCCUGCAACCGCUCUCUCGUUGGCCGUGACAUCUACACUGCUGAUUUUCGGCCGCCUUACAGACAUGUACGGUGGCUACGUAGUCUACAAUGGCGGGGCCAUAUUGCUGACUGUCACUUCGAUCCUCUGCGGCGUAUCUCAGUCAGCGCUUAUGUUGAUCAUCUGUCGGGCUUUGCAGGGUCUGGCCCUAGGAGCGCUGCUUCCCUCUGGAUUGAUGAUUCUAGGAAGCACAUAUCGACCGGGGCCACGCAAGAACCUCGUUUUCAGCAUCUACGGAGCAUGUGCCGUGCUAGGUUUUUUCCUUGGCUUUUUCAUCUCGGGUCUCUGUGGACAGUUCUUGAGCUGGAGGUGGUUUUUCUUCAUCGGUGCAAUUCUAUCAGCAGUCAUGGUGGCCUUCUCACUAUUCUGCGUUCGAAACGAUUAUCAGGAGAAGAAGAGCGCUGGCGUCCGCAUGGAUUGGGUGGGACUCGCGCUUUCAGUAUCAGGAGCAACACUUGUUGUCUUUGCUCUUGCGUAUGGCUCGCAUGCUCCGCAGGGCUGGAAGACUCCCUACAUUCCGAUUUUGUUUGCGAUUGGAGUGGUCCUACUUUGUCUAAUGGCUUACUUUGAGGGAUGGGUUGUGUCAAACCCUCUGCUGCCGGGUGAUAUUUUUCAAGUCAAAAGCAUGACGCCUAUGCUUCUGGCACUGCUUUGCCUUUACGGAAGUAUGGGAAUCUUUUUGAUCUUUGGAGUUCUCUACAUGUCUGCUUUCAUGGGAGCAAGCCCUCUUCAAAUCGUCGCGUGGACGGCUCCAAUGGCAGUCGGGGGACUGUUCCUUUCAAUUACCGGCGGGCUCGUCCUCCACAAGCUCUCCGGAACACUUCUCAUGAUCAUCUCUUGCUGUGGCUAUGUUGGAUGUGCUCUACUAUUCGCCCUCGUUCCACUCGGCGGAAACUACUGGGCGUUCAUUUUCCCAGCAAUGAUCUGCGCCACCAUUGCCGUGGACAUCUGCUUCAGCCUGGCAAAUGUGUUUGUGACGACAAGCUUGCCCCAAGCUAGACAAGGACUGGCGGGUGCGUUGAUUUAUUGCACGCUGCAUAUGGGAAUUGCCGUGGUUUUGGGAUUUGCAGAUAUCAUCGAAUCUCAGACCAAGCACCUGGGCCAGUGGAAGAGCUACAAAUCUGUGUUUUGGUUUCAGGUCGGACUUUCUGUCGUGGGACUGCUCAUCAUUCUUGGUUUU